UUCACCCUCUCGCAGCUGCAGUCGCUGCGGGCCCUCUCGGUCUCGCUCAAGGCCCUGCUGCCCGAGCUCGAGGCCGCGCAGGCUGCGGCCGCGGACGAUGUGGCGGCGCCUGGAAAACGUUCGUGGCGCCGCGAGCGUGCCGAGUAUGUCGAGGCGGCGUCGCGCAAGUACCUCGAGAACACGGGCGGGCUGGAGCUGGGGAGCCAGGGAGAGGUGCGGGACGGCGAGUACCAGGGCCAGGGGCGGAAUCUCAGCAAGGGAGAUGUGGAAGGGUUGGAGAAGGCUGUCGCGAUUUUGAGGAAUAGCGAGGGUAGAAGUACGGAAGCUGGGGAGGAGCCUCGCGAUCCAUCAUGA